AUGAAGAACUUCCUCAGGAAGCUGCACAUUGGCGACUCCGCCGCCGGGGACGGCGCCUCGUCGCCGUCGGCACCUCCCCCGCCGCCAACGAAGAAGGGCGGUGGCACUGGCAUCGAGCACAGGCAAGCCUCCGGGUUGUCGGGCUGGCUCAGCUCCGUGACCGGACGGCCGCAGCACCCACCACCACCUCCGCCGCCUCCUGCUUCUGCAGCUACAACGGCAGCAGCGGCGGCGCCGGAGGUGGAGGAGGAGUCGGCGUUGGCUUCGUCUGUCGAGGAGAGGAGGGCAGCCGAGGAGGACGAGGAGAGGGCGAGGCGGGAGUCCUUGAAGGAGGAGGCGGAGCAGGAGAGGAGGCGGGAGGCGGAGAUGGAGAUGGAGAUGGAGAUGGAGAAGGAGAAGCGGGAGGCGGAGCUGGAGGACUAUCACAUGCAGCUGGCCCUCGAGAUGAGCGUGAGGGAGGACCCGGAGGCGAUGCAGAUCGAGGUGGCCAAGCAGAUCAGCCUCGGCUCCUGCCCCAUCCAGAGCUCGCCCGCGGAGGUCGUCGCCUUCCGAUACUGGAGUUUCAAUGCCCUUAGCUAUGACGACAAAAUCUUGGAUGGUUUCUAUGACAUUUGUGCCACUGGGGAUGAGCUCGCAUUAUCAACCAUACCCUCUUUGAUGGAACUGCAAGCACUUCCUUUUUCACAUGGAGUCAAAACCGAUGUUGUAUUGGUCAACAGAGCACUAGAUUCUGAACUCGUAGCUCUUGAGCAGAAGGCAUUUAUCAUGUCUUUGGAAUUUCGCUCGCACGAAUCAGAAUUUGUUGGCCACUCUUUGGUUCAGACUCUAGCUAAUUUAGUUUCCAACUACAUGGGUGGACCAGUCAUUGAUCCAGAAAGCAUGCUGUUGAAGUACCAGAAUAUGAGCAGUGCAUUGAAAGCUGAUAUAAAAAGUGCAGUUAUUCCUCUUGGGAAGCUAACAGUUGGUUUGGCUCGUCACCGUGCACUGCUUUUUAAGGUUUUGGCAGACAGCCUUGCUGUUCCUUGCCGACUAGUUAAAGGAAGGGAGUACACUGGAUCAGAUGAUGGUGCUUUGAACAUUGUGAAAUUUAAUGAUGGAAGGGAGUGCAUUGUUGAUCUCAUGAUAGAUCCUGGUACUCUUAUUUCAUCAGAUGGUGCCGACCUGGGUAGAGAAUUGGAAGACAGCUUAGUCAUAGAUAAUCAACAUGUUAACAAAGAUGACACUAGCACUCAGUUGGUUUCCUCUUUCAGUGAAGCUUCAAGUUCCAUGCAUGGUUCAUUUGGAAAUGAAUCGCUUGAAAAAGGAUUCAUUUGCAAUGCUAGGCAUUUUGGUCCAGAUGGAGCAAUAACUGCCCAGAGUGACAAUGAUGUACCUGGGUCUGGGCUAUCAAGUUCAUUUGAGGAGCUAUCGGUUAGCACAUACGCAAGUGAAAACAUGCCUAUUAUUCAUGAAUCUAAUACGGAUCAUACCAUGACUGCAAAAGGCAAAGAUAAGUCGAUCACAUCAAAUAAUUCAUCAUCAAGUUCGCCUCCAUCUUCUGAGAUGGGCAGUACUCCAGCUGUACGACGGAAGAAAGUCAAAGAUGUCUCUGAGUAUAUGAUUAGUGCUGCAAAAGAGAACCCUCAGAUAGCAGAAAAGAUCCAUGCUGUAUUACUUGAAAGUGGAGUUGUGCCACCACCCGACUUGUUUUCAGAAGAAUCUAAGGAACAACCAAAGGACCUGAUUGUUUACGACACAUCUAUGUUUCAAACAAAGGAUGAAAUGAUAAGGACAAUGAAUGAGCUUGAAUCCACAGCACACGAUGGUUGUGCUGGCCUUGGUCCUUCAUUACCACAUCAUCCUGGACAUGAGCUCCAAACAAAGAUUGUUCCCUAUUGGCUGCCUCCUGACCUCAAGCCUGUCCAGGGAUUAGGUGUUUACCAUCAGUUCGAUUUCUGGGAUAGCGUUAAUCCCUCUAUACCUCUAUAUGAACCAUCUGCACCUCAGGAAAAUCCAUUACAACUUAUAAAGCAAAUGCCUGUUACAGCUGCUGCUGUUGCAACAGCUGCAGUGGUUGCAUCUUCAAUGGUCGUUGCUUCCGCGAAAUCUAACGGCGAUAUUAAACUAGAUGUGCCAGUUGCAGCAGCUGCCACUGCUGCUGCAGUUGUUGCUACGACAGCUGCUGUUAACAAGCAAUAUGAAUACUUGGAUCCUGGUUGUCAAUUACUUUGCUUGCCAAGUUCAUCAAAUAAAUUAAUCCAAAAAUGUAGGCAUGACUUGUUGGAUGGUGAUCAGCUGGAAACAAAUCAUGGACAGGAUAAUGCCCUUGAGCAUGAAAAGGAUUCGGUUCAAGCACCUCAGGAAGCUGAGCGAAUCUCUGAUAGGUCAACUGGGACAGAGAGCGCAAGAUCUGAAAUUGCUCUUGAUGAAAUUGCAGAGUUUGAAAUCCAGUGGGAAGAACUUACCCUUGGAGAACGAGUUGGGCUGGGAUCUUUUGGAGAGGUGUAUAGAGGUGAAUGGCAUGGAACAGAAGUUGCGGUCAAGAAAUUCUUGCAACAAGAUAUUUCAAGUGAUGCUCUGGAAGAAUUUAGAACCGAGGUGGGAAUAAUGAGAAGAUUGCGUCAUCCUAAUGUUGUUCUUUUUAUGGGUGCUGUCACUCGUGUUCCUCAUCUUUCCAUCAUGACUGAAUUUCUUCCAAGGGGUAGUUUAUUUCGGUUAAUCCAUCGGCCCAAUAACCAGUUGGAUGAAAAAAGGCGUUUAAGGAUGGCACUUGAUGUGGCGCGUGGUAUGAAUUAUUUACACAAUUGCACCCCUGUCAUAGUUCACUGGGAUUUGAAGUCUCCAAAUCUACUUGUUGACAAAAAUUGGGUUGUGAAGGUUUGUGAUUUUGGUUUAUCACGUCUGAAACAUAGUACCUUCCUCUCGUCAAGAUCUACAGCUGGAACAGCGGAGUGGAUGGCACCAGAAGUACUUCGAAAUGAACCAUCAGAUGAGAAAUGCGAUGUUUUCAGCUAUGGGGUCAUAUUAUGGGAACUCUGUACAAUGCUGCAGCCAUGGGAAGGUAUGAAUCCCAUGCAGGUUGUUGGAGCUGUUGGUUUUCAGCAACGAAGGCUUGAUAUUCCAGGCGGUGUGGAUCCUGCUGUAGCAGAGAUAAUCAAGAGAUGCUGGCAGACAGAUCCAAGGAUGCGGCCAUCAUUUUCAGAGAUCAUGGGCACUUUGAGACCAUUGUUAAAAAACAUGCCUGCCAACCAACCUAACAGGAAGCGGGCACAGCAAACAGAUGAUUAA